UGUGUUGCGUCAUCGCUUCGCUCCCUCGCCGCCCGACAGACGACGGCCUCCUGCCCCGUGCCCUUGACAGGAAAGUACCCGCGGGACUCCCAGGGGCAUUCGGGGGAAAGCACGACGACGUAGAUAAGUCAAUAGAGAGAGAAGAGUGAAAAAAAAAAAAUUCAAAAUGGCCCUUCGUCUGUCUUCUCAAGUGGGACUCCUCCUGAGGACUUCGAGGACCUCCUUCGGGACGUCGACCUCGAGGGUCCUCCGGGCGGCGCCGGCGGGCCUUCGGGCCUUCGCCGCCGGGGGAGGGGAAGGGGGGGGAGGAGGCCUGGCGAAGACCGAGGGAUCCUCCUCUGCUGCUCCUCCUCCUGCUCCUGCUUCUGCUCCCAAGGGGAAUAUCGGAUUGAGGGAUCAUCGAAUCAACAGGUUUGAGAAAUUUUUGAUGGUGUGGGGAGGAAAAUACAAAUCGAUGGAUGAAGUGCCAGAGUACAUCAGCCAAGACUCAUUGGAGCGCGCCCGCAACAAGGCAAGAAUCAAGAUCAACAUGCUAAUGGGCUUGGCAACACUGAUUGGAUGCUUCGUCAUGAUCUGGUCGGGAAAGAGGGCACAAAGAGAAGGGCAGACGGUCGUCAAGAUGAAUGAGGAAUGGCACAGGAAAAUGAAGGAAGAAGCCAGUAAGGCCAAAGGUAGUGCAGAAGGGGAUAAAGCAUCUUAGAAGCGUGUUAGGUUCGUAUUGAGAGUUGUUGACUGUUAGUGAUGUGAAUUAUUAUAUUUGUAGAGGGAGGGCAAUGGUGAUAUGUAAAUUGGUAGAAUGUAUAUAAUACUCUUAUUUUAUGUGCCCUGGUUUGAGUAGCAAAGUGAAAUAACCUAGGUAACGUAUAUUUUUAAAGGGUAAUGUAACUAUCAAAAAUUAAUAUUAAUUUUCAAUACACAUGUAUAUAUAUAUGCAAUAUUAUCCUCUGGCAUGUAUUUUAUAUAUUACACAAUUCCUUUUUUUUAUAACAGAAAGCAAAUGUAAAGUUAUUUACCCUAAGCAUUAUUUUGUUCUAGCAUGCUCCUUUAACUAUUAUUGUUAAUUUUAAUUAUUAUUAUUAAUAUAUAUUUUUUUUUCAUCGUUAUCAGUUUGUAUGUGAGGAAUAAACUGUAAAACAUAGAUUAUUGAAAGAUGUCAAUGAAAAUGUGAAACAUCGAGAUUUGUCUUUUAUUUAUCUGCGAAAAAAGAAAUUCACGGGGGAACUUUUGAGCUUUUGUUUCAUCUUCAUACUUCAGGCUAACCUUUGAUUUAUGUUAGUUACUUCAGAUCAUAACAUUCUAGCCAGAUUUUCUUAGAGUAUGGUGAUUCAGUCAAGAUACUUGACAGUAUUUUCUGUAUUUUGAUUUUUAAAUAAAAUUAUUUGGCCACAGAGUUCUCUUCAGAAAUCUUUUUCUCAUGGACCUGCAAGAUGUAUUUGUAUACUUAAAAUAAAAAUUUGAAGAUCCUUGUACUCUGGGAUGACUGUGUC